GAGGAAGGGAAAAAAGCCGGCGGCGGCUCCGGUUUUCGGUGGGGGAGUGGGGUUCCGCCGGAGGGCAGAGGGGUGCCUGCUCGGCGGGAGGAGCCGCGCCGGUGGGACCGGUAGGCGGCGGCACCUGGAGGCAGCGGCACCCCCGCCCGCCCGGGAGGAGGCGGAGGAGGAGGCGGGGGGAGCGGAACCGCCGCGCGCUGCCGCAUGUGCCUGGAGCGGAGCCGGAGCGGGCAGCGCGAGCCAUGGCGGAGCAUGGCGCCCCGGCGCCCGCCAUCCCCAACGGCGAGUGCAUCGCCCGCCGCCCCGGCAACAAGGUGACCGUCGUGCUGGGGGCCCAGUGGGGCGACGAGGGCAAAGGCAAGGUGGUGGACCUGCUGGCGCAGGACGCCGACAUCGUCUGCAGGUGCCAGGGAGGCAAUAAUGCAGGACAUACAGUUGUUGUGGAUUCUGUGGAGUAUGACUUUCAUCUUCUGCCAAGUGGGAUCAUCAAUCCAAAAGUCACUGCAUUCAUUGGAAAUGGUGUUGUAAUUCAUUUGCCAGGCCUCUUUGAAGAAGCUGAAAAAAACUUAAAGAAAGGAAAAGGGCUAGAAGGCUGGGAAAAAAGACUAAUAAUUUCUGACAGGGCUCAUAUUGUAUUUGAUUUCCACCAAGCUGCAGAUGGCAUCCAAGAACAACAGAGGCAAGAACAAGCAGGAAAGAAUUUGGGAACUACCAAGAAAGGAAUUGGUCCAGUAUAUUCUUCAAAAGCAGCUCGAAGUGGACUCAGAAUGUGUGAUCUAGUUUCUGACUUCGAUGAAUUUUCUGAGAGGUUCAAAGUGUUAGCCAAUCAGUACAAAGCGAUAUACCCUACCUUAGAGAUAGAUAUUGAAGGGGAAUUGAAAAAGCUCAAGGGCUGUGUGGAAAAAGUAAAACCAAUGGUAAGGGAUGGUGUAUAUUUCAUGUAUGAGGCUUUACAUGGACCACCAAAGAAGAUCCUAGUAGAAGGUGCAAACGCAGCACUGCUGGACAUAGAUUUUGGCACAUACCCUUUUGUGACUUCAUCAAACUGCACAGUUGGAGGUGUGUGUACAGGGCUGGGCAUGCCUCCGCAGAACGUCGGGGAAGUGUACGGAGUGGUGAAAGCAUAUACAACCAGAGUUGGCAUCGGUGCCUUUCCUACAGAGCAAGAUAAUGAAAUUGGAGAAUUGCUGCAAAUGAGAGGUAAAGAGUUUGGUGUUACCACUGGUAGAAAGAGAAGAUGUGGCUGGCUGGACCUUGUGUUACUCCGAUAUGCCUACAUGAUUAAUGGAUUUACUGCAUUGGCACUUACCAAAUUGGAUAUCUUGGAUGUAUUUGCAGAAAUCAAAGUUGGUGUUGCAUACAAACUAGAUGGUGAAAUCAUACCUCAUUUUCCUGCCAACCAGGAAGUCUUAAAUAAAGUAGAGGUUCAGUAUGAGACACUCCCAGGAUGGGAUACGGACAUAUCAAACGCAAGGACUUUCGACGAGCUGCCUGUAAAUGCACAAAAUUACGUUCGCUUUAUAGAAAUGGAGUUGGGUGUUCCUGUUAAGUGGAUCGGAGUAGGGAAAUCCAGGGAAUCAAUGAUCCAGCUGUUUUAAAGAUUUCAGAUGCAUGGAAGAAAGCACACUCCUCAAAAGACUGCUCAUUCUUAAAUGCAUUAGUAGCCCGCAAAGCAAAGAUGUUGGAAAGAUAGAUUUUUGCAUGGAAAGAAAUGCUAGAGUUGAUACCCCCCAAAUCAAUCGCUACUCCUGAAAGAGACUUUAACAUGAACCUGUGUCAGUUCUUGUUCAACUGCAAUUUACAGGACACUUGUCAUUGUUGUUCGAGGUGCCAUCGAAUUUUUUUUUCUUUACCUAAUAUUUACUUCAUAAUGUAAUUCCUGUUUGAAAAUCGAAGGUAGCAUUACUUUCAUGACUGUUUGUCUUUGUUAUCCUCUCUCUGCUUUUGGCGGUGUUACUUCCCUGAAAUUUUAGACAGUAAAAAUAAUGCAGUUUUGCACAGAGUUUUACAUCUUCAUUAUUUGUAUUCCUAAAGCUGUUGUAUUCUUAAUGGCUGCUCUUGUGAGUGAUUAAAGAGGGGAGUUCUGAUUUUAUAAUGCUAUAAAUGCUGUCUAAAUUAUUGUGUGAUCUGUUUUUUAAAAAAAGAUGUGAUGCCAAGUUGUUAAGAAUGUCAAGGUUUUUUUAGCCGUGUAAUACAGAAAACUUACUCUUUGUAACUCACAGAGGACACUCAAGUGUUACCAGGAAGUGUGCCCAGAAAGUUAGAAAAUUGAUAUUGUAAAAAGUUCAUUUGCGAUUAUUAAAGAACUGUUCUGAUUUUGAGUUAAA